AUGAACUCCGGACAAAACUCACCGCCAUUUCAUGUUGGCCAAUUAUUAUGUGGAGGAUUCCAAGGUACAACUGUAACUCCACAAGCUUAUCAUUUGAUAGUGGAACAUAAGGUAUCAUCAAUGAUAUUAUCUCGUAAGAAUGCAGUUAGUGCAGAGCAGAUGUCUAAAUUGAUUAAAGAUUUACAAUACAUUGCUUUCAGUCAGGGGAAUUACAAAUAUCCAAUCUUGUUUGCCAUUGAUGAAGAAGGUGGAAUGAUGAAUUCAUUAUUUGACCCAGAUUUUUUAACUCAAUAUCCUGGUGCAAUGGCUUUAUCGGCCACUGGAGAUCCACAAUUAGUAUAUGAAAUAUCAAAAGCAAUAGCCAUCGAACUAAAAAAAGUUGGAUUUUCAAUAAUAUUGGGUCCUGUAUUAGAUGUCGUUACCAAAUUAUCACAUCAAUUAGUCGGGGUUAGAAGUUUUGGAACCACAGUUGAAGAUGUCACAAAAUAUGGGUUAAUGUGCGCAAGAGGUUUACAAGAUGGUGGGCUUUUCACUGUUGGUAAACAUUUCCCUGGUAUUGGUAAUGCAACAGUGGAUUCCUUAUUGGAGUUGCCCAUGAUUGGAGAUUCAUUAGAACAAAUCAAACAUUUUAAUACUGUCCCAUUUGCCAAGUUGAUAGAAGAAGGGGUUUUAGAUGGUAUUAGUGCUGCUGGGUGUGGUGUUCCUAACAUCAGUCCUGACGAAACUCACGCAUGUUUAUCGCCAGUUGUAAUUAAUCAAUUAUUAAGACAAGAAUUGAAAUUUAAUGGAUUUGUCAUUAGCGAAUGUUUAGAAAUGGAAGCUUUAUACCAUUCAAUUGGAUUAGGUCAGGGUGUUAUAUUGGCACUUUCGGCUGGAUGUGACUUGGUUAUGGUUUGUCAUGACCUUGCUCUACAAAAUGAAGCAGUUGACUCCUUGAAAAAGGCAAUCGCCAAUGGUAAUCUAGAUGAAGAAGUAGUAAUGGCAUCUUUUGGUAGAAUAGAAAGAUUACAACGAAGAUUGCCAAAAUGGUCAGAAAUCUUCCCAAGAGGUGAGGCUUCGGCCAAAGAAGAUAAGAUAACUUUAUUCAAAUACGAAAAUCCAGAAUUAUGGAACCAGCAUCAGAAAUUGUCUUCAUUAGCUUAUCAAAAAUCAAUUACGCUUGUGCGUGAUUUCAAUGGUGCUUUACCAAUAUCGAAAUUUCUCUCGCCUAGUGAUUCUGAUCAGGUAGAUUCGAUAUUGAUUUUAACUCCUUUGCUAAAUCCUAUAUAUGGGACCAAAUCCAUACAUGGACACGGCCAACACGUGAUAGAAGAGGAUGCAGAGGAUGGCGACGAUGCAGACACGGAUGUUCCAACUCCAAAGCCACGUCUAUUCACUGGUGAGGAAGUUUUCCAGAAAUUUGGUGAGCUACUAGCAAACCACCCAAUAAGCCAUACCAGAUCAUACAAUGUUCUUCAUACAACAUAUACUGCCAAUGGAUUGACACCUUUGCAUGAAUCGUUGAUCGAAAAUGCCAAGAUUGUUAUUGUCCUCACUAGUGAAGCUUCAAGAAAUAUGUAUCAAAUUGGAAUAGUCAAAUAUGUAUCUAUAUUAUGUGGAGCCAAUCCCGCUUCAUUUAAUAAUGCCGGGCAGGCAAUCUACACGGAGUUGACGAAGCCGUUAAUUAUAGUGGCUACUCUGUCCCCAUAUGAUUUCUUUUAUAACAAGAGUAUCGGAAGUGUUUAUAUGUGCUGCUAUGAUUAUACCAAUAAUGCAUUGGAAAAAUUAGUCGGGGUUUUAAUGGGAGAUUUUGAUCCUGAAGGAUGUAUCCCUGGAGAAAAGAAAUUCGCAAUACGUAAAAGACGAUUAACUGAUGAUAGUAUAACCAGUAGUAGACUGAAUCCUGGUUCACCGGUAUCCAACAAACCUCGUACUUCUACUCCGCCUAAACGAAGAUGGUUGGUGGAUGAAUUCGAUAUGAAACGAGAUUGGGCAAGUUUGAUCAAAUUAUGGAAAAAUAAUACUGCCGACGCUCCUUCUUAUCAUGAUCGGAAUAAAAUCGAUUAUCAGAAUGAAACGUUUUAUAAACGUUUAUAUGGAUUAUUAGCCAGUACCAACAAAGAUCAAAAGCAUUUUGUGGUUCGGAAUUCAUCAUUGAAUAUUUUAUAUGGGGUCAUUUUAACCUGGGUUGAUGAACAAAAAGCUGGCCAUUUACUAUACAUCUUGGUAGACAAAUCCAAAAGAUUACAAAGUAUUGGUAAGAAUCUUCACACCCGAGCAAUGAGAUAUUUGAUCAAAGAACAAAAAUGUACUACCAUUUCCUUGGGUAGCUCAUUCCCAUUAGUUAUGUUCCCGGACAAUUCAAAUCUCAACAAUAGUCGAGUUCGGACAUUUAUGAAUAGUUUAGGUUGGGAAAUCAGUAGAUCCCAUCGUAAGAAAUAUGUCAUGGUUUUGCAUGAUUUAGAAAAUUGGACAGUCCCAAAAAAGAUAUUCCGUGAAUUAACUAUUGUGGGAGUUAGAUUUGAUAUUUGUAACGACGGAGAGAAAUUGAUGAAUUUAAUUGAUAGAUCUAUCCAACACUCCACUAAUGAGGAUGAUAUUAAUAGUAUAAAAACAAUUUAUGGUGAAGCUGUGAAACAUUUACGAAAUCAAUCCCCAUUGGGAGUAAAGAUAAUCAUUGCCUUGGAACCUACAAAUCAAAAUGUUAUUGGAUCGAUUAUAUUCUUUACCAAUAAGUCCCAAUUUUCUAAGUUUUAUCCGUUUAUAGAUGAAUGUGUCAAUGAUAAGCAACAGCAACAAGAAUCUCCCUUGGUUGGAGGAAUUAUUGGUCCAGUUAUAGACCCACUGUAUUCAAACCUAACUGAAAUUUUCAAAUACGGAUUGAUUUGUAGUGGGAUUACAUUUUUGAAAUCUUCGGUUGCAGAUGAUGUUGAAAUAAAUCAAUGCAUAAUGCUUGAUGUUAAUGACGAUAAGACAAUUAAUGGGGUUAAAGAAAUUGGAUUUGAUACUUGGAAAUAUUAUUAUGAUUAUUAUGAUAAAAAAUCAAAUCCGGAAAAAGUAUUUUUGUCAUAG